AUGUAUAACAAAUGGCAAAAGAGACAAACUCACCUCCUUCUGAAUGCUGGUGGCCGGCGGACACGAAGGGCUGCUACAGGGCAGUGGCAGCGGCUGAGCAGGGCGGUGGGAGCCUUGCGAUUCAUAGCGGACGAUGGUGGAAAUAGUUCUAUUGCGUGGUGGGCCUCGGUUGAGUGUGGAUCCGCUGCUUGCGGAGUCGGAGCAGUGGUGCUGAAACACGGGGAGGAUCGUCGAAAUCACUGGGCUGCUAAUGAACGACAUUUGUGCUGGGAACUCCGCCGCGGUCAAGUCGUCGUGAGGUUGCGAGAUCUGGAGGAGAGCAAUCCGUGGCCGUUUGUGGAUUCAAUUAUUUCCUUCUCUGCUCACUUUCACAACUUUCUUGUUAUUUGUUUCUUCUGCUUUUCAUUUUUGCUUGAUUUUGAAGCUUUCAAAUUCUUGUUUGUUGGUACUGACUUGUUUAUGCUUUGA